CCACCGUUCUCCCCGCUGAAGCUGGGGCGCAGCAGCAGCGUAGGAGCCACUCAUCCGAGGAUCAUUUCCGACAGCUCCGUAUGGAUUUAACGCUUGCAUGCGUUGCUUCUUAAUGUUUCAUAAGGAGAUGAUUGAUAACUUUUAGGAUGGGGGAACCUUGUAAACGUAAUAACUUCAUAAAGUGUGGCGUCACUUUAAAGGCCCCAGUUCUCUGAUUUGGAUUAUUCCCAUGCAGCAGCCUCUUCAGCUCUACUAACCACAGGCGUGUUUCUCCAUGGACACUCUGUUGAAGUCAGAGCUCAGAUUAAUCCAAAUUCAGCGAAAUUGAAGACAGUGCUUCACUGCAGCUGAACAAUGGCCUAACUGAAAAAGCAGUCUUGGAGUUUGUGAAGACAGGAAGGGAGUGCUGAGUCUGUGAAGGUGGAGGGUCUGUCCACGUCAGCUCUGAUUAAAAGCUUGUCUCCCAGAGUCAUGCUCUCCAACCAUCUCUUGCCAAAAGGAACCAAGAUGAGGGUCAACCUGGAAGAUCAGGGUCGUCAGAAAGUGUCCUUCAGCUUUUCGCAGACAAAAAAGCCACUGCAAACUUCACUCUUCAUAUCUUCAAAUCCUGAAACGGGCAUCUCUGAGCCUCACAAUGCCUCUUCACAGUCGAUCCUGGACAAGGUCGGAAAGAAUACAGCAAACAAAACGGAGCAAAAGCAGGCGGCUUCGGUCCCGUCAUCUACACCAGAGACACAUUCUCCAACACCUGUCUCUUCUUCAACUAGACUAAAAAAGAAUGUGGCAAAGAUGCCUUUCAAGAGGCAAAUUCUCAGUGAUUCUGUUACUGAAGAGAAACUGAAGCCUGUUACAUCUGAGGAGAUGCUCGCCUCUGAAUCAGAGGUUUUACCAGACUCCAAGAGUGAAACUGACUUUCCCACUCCCCCUUCUGAGACCAUCAUUAAUGAGAGCCCCUCUAAAGAGGCAGCCACUGAAGCCUCUGAGACAAAAGAAGAUCCCAACACCAAUAAACCCCUUUCUUCCUCCGGAAAAGAAGAUGAUAGUUCCAGCGCUGCUAAUCGGGAUCACAACUCUUACAAAAGGAAAACCAGGUCACAGUCAGACAGUGCUCCUCCCUGCUCUGAAUCUGAUGGAGACUUAACCCACACGUCUUCCACUCGCAAAUCAGAUGAUUCGAAAAGCAAAGCAAACUCUGACAGUAGGAACAAAGAGGCCAAAAGAUCUUCCUCUGGUUCACGUAGUGGGGAAAAGGAGAAAGCUUCCUCCAAGCGUACAGAGAAUCAUGAAAGGUCUUCAAGUUACUCCAAAUCUGACCGCGAUUCAAGAAUAACUUCUCGCUCAUCUAGAUCUGACAAGGAUCGCAGGAGGUCCAGGUCGAGAUCACGCUCUAGAUCGAGAGGUUCUCGAACAAGUUCGUCUCACUCCAAAUCUGAGAGAUCCAGGUGUGACAGAGUGUCUCGGUCUGACAGAUCAUACUAUCAUGAAUCCGAGCGACGAUCCCACAGGGGUUCUCCUCGCAGGGAGAAAAGACGCUCUCGCUCCCGGACCGAAAGAACCCGUUACAGUUCUGACUCUGAGGACGACCACAGGAAAACAAGGACGAGGACUAGUGGUUCCAGCAGGUCGUCCAACUACUCCAGCUCACAUAAAGCAUCACAAUCAUCUUCCUACUCAAGAUCCGAGAAAUUUUCAAAAUCUCUGGAGUCACCGCACUCCUCAGAGGUUGAUAGAAGAAUGCAAUCAUCAAAGUCAGAAAAGACUUCAAAGCGUUCCUCAGACUCUGAUUCUCAACAUAGGUGCUCUCCUGAUUUGGACUCCAGUUCCCGCAAAUCUAGCAGUCAUUACAAAUCUGACACUGGUGCCAAAUCCUCUUCUUCCAGUACACACAACAAGUCACAGUCGCACGACAAGCACAGGAAAAACAGCUCUGGUGAUUCUGAGGGAGAACAUAAGGCAAAAUGCCAGCCUUCCGAAAGGAAUACAAGCUCCUUGGAAAAAAGUAGAGACUCUCACGAGAAAACUAGUAGAUCAGAAUCAAAACGAGUAACCCCCUCUAGAUCCUAUAUGAAAUCCCCUAGACGUCACAGAAAGUCAGAUGACUCGUUUCACAGUCCUACCAAAGCACCAUUUUGUGCAACCACAGUAGAAUCUAAUCCUCUGACAGAAAAGGAAAAAUCCAAAUCGGAGCCAAGUGAGGGUUUACAGGGCGAUCAGGGUGUUAAAGAGAUGUUCUUAUCCACUGAAAAAAGUUUGCAAGAGUCUUUAGGCGAGAAUGAGCAAGAAGAGAUACCAGUACUUGAAUCUGAAACAGAAAAUGCCUCAACCACUCCCUUGAUUGAGAACUUAAAGCCUAUAACCAUCGCUCUGGAAAAUGUGUGCAAUGUGAAGGAUGGCGAGCAUGAUUUGAGUUUAAAUCCAGUUUUAAAUUCAGUUAAAAGUGAAGGUAGUGUAAGCUGUGAACAAAAUAACAAAGUCCAGAAUGCCUCUCUUGAUGCUAAAGAAAUGAAUGUCACACUUGAGAUCCAGCAAGACACUAAUACAGAGUUUGUUGAACCCAAUGAAGUUUUGGCAGAUGAAAAGCAAUCUGACCCUCACAAAUUGGAUUUCUCCCAUCUAGGAACCGAAAAUCUGCCGGUGGAAGGACUGGAAAGUAAGGAUGUCGCUAAAAAGAGUACAUGCACUACCAGAAAGUCUCGUUGGGACAUUGUUGGGCAGGACUUGUUUGAAAAUGACAAUUUAAACCAGGCUGCUUGUUCAGAAAAUAAUUAUAGUCCCAAAAAAGUGACAAAAAUUGAGAUUGCUAAAGAUUGUACCCAACAAGACAUGGACAGUAAAUUCAAUAUUCAAUCCAGAGAGUCUAAACAUUCCAUCCCGGGGCCGGACGUCUCUUUAGUAUGUGAGCCUUCACAAGCAAGAACCAGCAUUGACGUCUUUGGCCUAAAUCCUUGUAUGCCUCAAUCACCAAACCUAAAUAAGCCCUCAAAUCUUAAUGAUCAUGUAUCCCAGAUCCACUCAGCCGCAUUAAAUCACAUCCAGAGUAGUGAUGCCUGCAAGAGUAAAUCCCAGGAGAGUACUCCCAGAAGCAAAUCAAGUAUGAUAACACCCAUCAGUCAGGGAGCGUUAGCAAUGCCAAGUGAUGCCAGUGACAGCGAUAACUCUGAGUAUGACUCAGACUGUGACAAAGCUAUGAAACAGUUUCACUCUGUGGUAGUAGUACCCAAGCAUUCAUCCCUUAUUAAAGACAUUGGAAAUGCACAGACCUCUUCGUGUUGUCCUUUAGAUGUUUCAGAUCAGCCCCAAAUCCAGAUGGGAACAGCCAACCAAGUUAGCGCACAGCAAACACAGCCCACCACUACUAAUUUAGUUGAGUCACCUCAUAUGGGUGUGCCUUGUCAGUCCCAGAGCAACAUGAUUGAUAGCACCAGUCACUCAGAAGGUUCCAGUGCCAUCAACAGUCAGCAAUCAGCAGCUGGUCCUAACGGUGCCCAUGGAGGUAUGACAGAUCCCACCCUUUUGUUCGGUGAUUCUAGACAACAAGACCAAGGUCUGAACCAGGGAGAGCAGGUGCACCUGCAGUACCAACCGAAUACAUUUUCUGAUAGUGUCAACAACAUGAUGAGUUUCAGUGCAGGGUGGGAUUUUUCUAAGCCAGAGCAGCCUACCAGCACAUGCCAGCAGCCUGAUAGCAGCCAUGGGCCCCUGUUAAACACUAAAGCAACAGCAGCCGCUUCUAAGGAGCAAGAUGGGAGACUUACUGUUCCAUCCGGUACACAUCAGUCACCAAACACACAAACUAUCAAAAUACCCUACCUCCAAACACAUGAACAUUAUCAGGAACCUUCGAGUGAAAUACACCCAGACUCCCUCACUAAUGACCAUGAGGACUAUAGGGCUGAAAACUCAUUGAGUUGCAGUAAAGCACUAAACACUCCAGGGCCAGCUAGCUCAGUGCAAGGUCACGAAAUUAGCAGCAACAGCAGGGGUUCUGCUGUACCUGACCCACCUAGAGAGGACAACACCAGACCCCACAGAGGCAGAGUACCGCCCAAGAAAAGGCGUCCGGAAAUCGAGUCGGACUCGGACAACGAGGCUGAAGCUGGACCAUCGAGGAAAAAGGAGCGCCAAAGAGACGCCCCCGUCUCUAAGGAAGCUCCCGCAAAGACGGAGGUGGAUAGACCAUCGCUCACUCUACGCAACUUUCAGGAUGCCAGCAGAUGGAAAGACUUGGCCAAAACGAAAAAGAUGCCACCUUACUUUGACUUGAUUGAGGAGAACAUGUACUUAACUGAGAGAAAGAAAAGCAAGUCUCAUCGAGAUAUAAAGAGGAUGCAGUGCGAGUGCCCCGUACUGUCACGAGAGGACCGUGCAAAAGGAGUGAUGGCCUGCGGGGAGGACUGUUUAAACCGCCUCCUGAUGAUUGAAUGCUCCUCACGGUGUUUGAAUGGAGGCUAUUGCUCGAACCGUCGCUUUCAGAUGAAGCAGCAUGCAGACUUUGAGGUCAUUCUCACAGAAGACAAAGGUUGGGGACUGCGUGCUGCUAGAGACUUGGCUCCAAACACAUUUGUUCUGGAAUACUGUGGCGAAGUGUUGGACCACAAAGAGUUCAAAGCAAGGGUUAAAGAAUAUGCUCGCAACAAGAACAUCCACUAUUAUUUCAUGGCACUAAAGAAUAAUGAGAUUAUUGAUGCAACAUUGAAGGGUAAUUGCUCACGUUUCAUGAACCACAGCUGUGAGCCGAACUGUGAGACGCAAAAGUGGACUGUUAAUGGCCAACUUCGAGUCGGGUUCUUCACCACCAAGGCUGUCACUGCAGGAACUGAACUAACCUUUGACUACCAGUUUCAGAGAUACGGAAAAGAAGCUCAGAAAUGCUUCUGUGGGGCACCCAGCUGCAGAGGCUUCCUUGGUGGGGAGAACAGAGUUAGUGUUCGAGCCGCUGGGGGCAAGAUGAAGAAAGACCGCAGCAGAAAGAACGCCCUGACCACGGUGGAUGAGGAGCUGGAGGCGUUAUUGGAGAACGGAGAAGGGCUGUAUGAUGAGAAACAGGUGGUGUCUCUGUGCAGACUGAUGGUCCGAGUGGAAACCAUGGAGCAGAAACUCCUCUGUCUCAAGCUCAUACAAGACACCCAGAAUCCAUCUUGUCUGAAGCAGUUCUUGGAUCAUCAUGGAUUGUCCUUGUUGUGGAUCUUUAUGGUGGAGCUCUCUGAGUCUAAAGGCAACAGUGCUAAUAACACCAAACUGCAGCUAGAGAUCAUGAAGACCCUGGCUGUGCUCCCCAUCUCCACCAAGAACAUGCUUGAAGAGAGUAAAGUCCUGACCCUCAUCCAGCGGUGGGCUCAGACCAAAACCCCGCCUCAGCAGACUGAGAUGGACGGCUACUCCAGUGAGAACACCUCCCGGGCCCAAACCCCUCUGAACACCCCUGACGGUUCCUCUGCCAAAAUGGUUCCCGAAUUGGACGGUGACACUUCUAAACCCGCUGUUUACAGACGCCUUAAGAUCAUCAGUGAAAACAGUCUGGACAGCGCUCUCUCUGAUGCUAGCAAAGCAUCCGACGGGAAGGAGGAGGAAGAGGAAGAGGAGGAAGCCGAGACCCUGAACACAGAUCCUCCAGAUGGAGCAUGUUUGAAGGAAGAACAGUCGAGUGAAGCUCCAGCUCCAAUAAAAGAAUCUGUGGAGGAGUCUGGGAAAGAUGCGCCAAACCAGGAAGAGUCGGAAACAAGUUCAAGCAUUCUACAGGGACCUAAAGACGUGGAGAUGAAAGAUGAAACUGAGACUGAGACUGAGCUGAAAAUCAAGGAGACAAAGUGUCCAUCUGAUGAAACUGAGACUGAGCUGAAAAUCAAGGAGACAAAGUGUCCAUCAAAUGAAACUGAGACUCAGCUGAAAAUCAAGGAGACAAAGUGUCCAUCAGAUGAAACUGAGACUCAGCUGAAAAUCAAGGAGACAAAGUGUCCAUCAGAUGAAACUGAGACUCAGCUGAAAAUCAAGGAGACAAAGUGUCCAUCAGAUGAAACUGAGACUCAGCUGAAAAUCAAGGAGACAAAGUGUCCAUCAGAUGAAACAGAAACCUCAAAGGUUCUCUGUGAAACGCAGUCGGGAGAAGAAAAGCCAGAAAUUCAAAAAGAGCCAGAAAAGGCUGAAUUAGAAGGAGAGCUAUCCUCCAUUAAAUUGGAAGAGGCAGAAGGUCAGUCCAGCCAAACUGUUUCUGUAGAUGUUCCAACUGAGGAGCCAUCCGAGAGGAAGGAGAUGCACAAAGAAGCAAAGGAGGCUGAGAAAAUGCCGAGUGUCAGUUCAGAGUCUCAGCCAGGGGACUCUGCCACUAAGGCUCCACCAAACUCUGAGGCACCAGAGGCACCUUUGCCCACGGAGGCAACGCCAAUGCAGGUAGAGCCGUCCGCAAUAGGAACGCCCUCUCAGGAUGAAGAAGAAGGUGUGUCCGAUGUGGAGAGCGAGAGGAGUCAGGAGCCCCAACUCAGUGUUCUGGACAUAAGUGGCAUGGCUGCCAGGCUUCUGGAAAGUUGGAAGGAUCUGAAGGAGGUGUACAGGAUACCAAAGAAGAGUCAGGUGGAGAAGGAAGCCAGAGAUCGGAGCCGUGAUCGCGACUUGGCUUUGGCGCCACGCACCACCUCUCGCAGCCGGGAACGUGAGAGAGAGCGGGAGAAGGAAAGGGAGCGAGACAGAGAGCGAGAUUACGAUAGAGACAGGGAACGAGAGCGUAGCCGAGACCGGGAUCGGGAUCGACCAUCAGACAAAACCCCCCGCAGCUCUGAGCGGCGCAGGAGACGCUCGCUGUCUCCACCUCCUUUACCGUACGAGAGGAGCAGCAGGCGAAAUGAGGAGCGGUUUGAUUCUUCCAGCAGCAAGACCCAGAGAGGAGCUGGGGUGAAGGAACGCAACAAACUGUCUACGGAGGAGCGCAGAAAGCUGUUUGAACAGGAAGUUGCUCAGCAGGAAGCUCAGAAACAACAGCAGCUUCAGCAGCAGCAGCUCCAGACUUUGGCCUACGAUCCGCUGGCCUAUGCCUCUAGCCCCGGUUUCAUCACCUAUCCCCCUGGAUACCCUAUACAGACUUUUGUGGACCCAACCAAUCCCAAUGCCGGAAAGGUCCUUCUUCCCACCCCUCCUGUUGAUCCUGGCCUCAGCUAUGAACAGACACCUCCUCAAGGCCUGGCCCCAAACCUCAGCCUUCCCUCUCCAUCCUCCACCUCCCAGGCCCCUCCAGUCUCUGACGUCUCCCAGCACAUCACCACCACCAACCUCACCACUGUUAACCCCCAGCAGUACACGCAGCCAACUGUAGCAACCCAGGAGGCAGGAGUAGCUGUGCUCUCUGUCCCAGCCCAGACGGCCCCUCAGGUACAAGGCCAGCAGAGCUACGCCACUCUCUGGGAUCCCACCACCCAGCAAGCAGUCACGGUACAGACCCAGCCGGCGCAGCAGUAUGCUACAGCGCCGGGACCGGCUCAGACUCAGACAGCCAUCUAUUACCAGGGCCAGCCUUGCCAGACCAUCUACAGCAUCCCUACUGCCUACCCUCAGACCAACCCUCCUGUCAUUCAGGCUUACACUGAGCCCACAGCCAGCUACCUGCACAGCCAGCCGGUGUAUCCUGGUCACCAGCAGGGUGUGGUGGUGCAGCAGGGAGGAACAGUCACCACCAUCGUAACAUCCCAAACUGUCCAACAGGAGAUGAUUGUACCCAACAAUGUGAUGGACCUGCCUCCUCCCUCUCCCCCGAAACCCAAAACCAUCGUCCUACCUCCCAACUGGAAAGUAGCCCGGGACCCUGAAGGCAAGAUCUACUACUACCACAUCGUCACUAGGCAAACACAGUGGGAUCCUCCCACGUGGGAGGGCAAUGCUGACAACACCAGUGUGGACCAUGAGUCUGAGAUGGACCUCGGAACACCGACUUAUGAUGAAAAUCCUUCCAGGUUUUCCACAAAAACGGCCGAAGCAGACACUUCCAGUGAAUUAGCUAAGAAAAGUAAAGAGACAUUUCGCAAAGAGAUGUCCCAGUUUAUUGUGCAAUGCCUAAAUCCUUACCGGAAACCAGACUGUAAAUCUGGACGCAUCAGCAACACCGAGGAUUUCAAACACCUGGCUAGAAAGCUAACUCACGGAGUCAUGAAUAAGGAGUUGAAAGCUUGCAAGAACCCGGAGGACCUCGAGUGCAAUGAGAAUGUGAAGCACAAGACUAAGGAAUACAUCAAAAAGUACAUGCAGAGGUUCGGCUCUGUGUACAGGCCCAAGGAGGAUACUGACGUGUACUGACCAGAACCAGGCACAGAUGUCCCUGCUGCCUCCGCGCUCACACUGGAGAGGCCUUCCCGUUCACUCCUCCCUGUAUGUUCUGGCCAGUCUGGACAGUGAAGUAGUUUCUUUUCAUUUGGUAUUUAUGUCGAAGCAUUUGCACUGCUGCCCACGAAUCUCUCCAGGCUUUGUGAAACGCACAGAAAGCCCCAAGAUUACAGACUUUCAGGUGGCUCGCCUGAGCGUGACGACACAGAGGGGUGCUACAGAGACAAACGUGUCCAAUGACUGUCUCAUUUUAAGCUUUUUGAUGUUUUUUUUUUUUUUUUUUUAGUUCUUAAAUGUUCCUGAGAUAAUCACCUCUUUUUUUUACUUUUUAAAUACUUUCAGGCCCUUAACAAGGAUUAUUUAAUAAGGAAGUGGACCCUUGUACUGUUCAAAAAUGAAUCAGUGACAGAUCAGUCCAGAUGUUCUCUUCCCAGCCCACUUCCACUGGUGCUGCUUUUAACUGGGCUGCUAAGGGUCCAAGCUCUCGCUGUCCAAACCCUGCUUACUUUCCCGUAAAAGCCUGCAGCCUCCUUAGUUUUCAGAAUGCAUGAAUAGGCCGAGGUCUAAGCGAUGUACCCACACUGGAGUUAAGUUUUAUUUGCAGUUCCCUGACAGAUCAGCUGAGGACGAGCCGAUUGGACAUGAGGUGAAAGGUCUGUAUUUACCUGAUGAUUUUAUCAAGUUAGAAGCUUAAGCAGGGAUGAAAGUUGUUUGUUUUGCUAUUUAAACCAAGGCGAUGUUUUUAAAUCUCCAUCUUUCUCCAACCUGCUUUGCUUCAUAUUCUUACAGGAAUACUAAAGAGUGUAGCAUUGCAGUUUUAAAAGUUGCUAAAAUGUGUUUUGCUUUGGGUAUUUUUACUAGUUAGUUCUCAUACAAGACCCUUUGCUUGGUCGACUUUGCUCCAUGAUCUCCAUUAAUUUAGCAUAUUUUUACUGUUGACAGUAAAGGUUUGUUCUUUAGCAUUAGCUCACUGCUUUUUCAGCCCAUUAACUUGCAUUAAACAAAGUUCCAACAUAUGUAAAUUGCUUUAUAUGUGAAUAUAUUGAAUAAUAGUUUUGGGAAUGUUUAAUGAGCAAACACUUUGUAAAAGGACUAUCAUUUCUUGAAUAAAGUGUAAA